GAAUUCCCUACGUGGAUUGCCGUAUCUUUUUUUCAGUUGUGUUUAGUUUUCAAUUGCCGGUGCUAUCUGAAUGAUACUAAAUAUUGCUCGCAGGAUGUCUACGGUUGAUAUAGCUGCUCUACGAAUCAAGUACAAGGAGAAGAAGGACAUCUUUCACGAAUCCAGCAUCGAAGUGAAGGAACCGUUUAGUCUGUUCCGAAAAUGGUUCGACGAGGCUUGCAAUACACCGGAGAUCAUAGAACCGAAUGCAAUGUGCCUGGCAACGGCAACAAAAGAUGCAAUCCCAUCGGCUAGAUUUGUACUGUUGAAAGACAUCACCGAUCAGGGCUUUACCUUCUUCACCAACUACGAAAGCCGCAAAGCAGAUGAAAUUGCCGAAAAUCCGAACGUUGCCCUAACGUUCUACUGGCUACCGCUGAGACGGUCGGUCCGGAUCGAAGGAUCGGUGGAGAAAAUCUCCCGGUCCGAGUCGGAAACGUACUUCCACCAGCGGCCCCGUGCCAGUCAGAUCGGUGCCCUGGCGAGUCCGCAAAGUCAGCCGAUCCCGACGCGUGACUAUCUGGACCGGAAGGAGCAGGACAUCAAGGAUCAACUGGGACCGGACGGAGCCGUACCACUGCCCAACUGGGGUGGCUAUCUGGUGCGCCCGAGGAUGGUCGAGUUCUGGCAGGGUCAAACCAAUCGGCUGCACGAUCGGAUCCGAUUCCGGAGGUCGCUCAGAGAAGGUGAAACGGCUGAUGGGGAACUGCUGCACCAGGGUGAAGGAGGAUGGUUCUACGAUCGCUUGGCUCCAUAAGUGUUCCGUUUAAUA